UGGUUCCAUCAUGGCGUCAAUGCAGAAACGACUACAAAAAGAACUGUUGGCUUUACAAAAUGAUCCACCCCCUGGGAUGACUUUAAAUGAAAAGAGUGUUCAGAAUUCCAUUACACAGUGGAUUGUAGACAUGGAAGGUGCACCAGGUACCUUAUAUGAAGGGGAAAAAUUUCAACUUCUAUUUAAGUUUAGUAGUCGAUAUCCUUUUGACUCUCCUCAGAGACGGCCACCAGAUAAUUCAUUUUAUGUGCGAACAUGUAACAAGAAUCCAAAGAAAACAAAAUGGUGGUAUCAUGAUGAUACUUGUUGAUGCCACUGUUAUCAUCCUCCUAGCAGAAGAUAGUCCUACUGAGAAAAUGAGCACUUUGAUCAUUCAGUCUUUGAACUUUAACCUUUGACUGGAAGUGACCUAUAGGCAAUGAAGACUACUUCCUUUUACUGCAUUUUUACUCGUGUGCAUUCUGGGCGCAUGUUGAUCGCUGGUUCAGUCCAGGCAACUGACAUGCUUUUAUUAGUCAUACAGUAUUAAUGCAGGUGUCAGGAAAUGUCAAAUAUAAUUCCAUUUUUAAUUUUUAUUUUUUUAAGCUUUCGGAAAAGUUCCAGGUCCUCAUGUAUUGUGCAAUAACAAUGAAUUCCUUGGCGGUUUUGGGAUGUUCAUUGCCGGCAAUGGACGUGGUAAUAGGAAAAGUUUUCAUUAACUCCUGCCACUUGAUUAAUGCAUGACAGGGCCUAUGAAAUGAAUUUAUCGGUUAUAGUGGGAUUAUAAAUAAAGUGAGGGAUCCAACAUUA